AAGGCAGCCUUGUGCUGUCGUUUUCAUUCCAUUAGCAAGACACAUGGGACGUGUGCUUGGUAGUGUUGCAAUUAUGAAAUCAGCCAGGGAGCAAAAGCAUUAGCUUGAUGUAACCUAAGGCUAGAGAUUUUGUCUGCACCUACUUCUCGAGAGACCCACGUGUUAUUUUGAAUGUAGCUAGAAACACGUUAAAUCAGAGGGACUACAUUUUCCUUGGGAUCACCACAUCGUGUGCUUCCAGUGUGUAAAAAAAAUGAAAUAGCGUUAUUUACAAAACCUGUAACCAACUGGAUAAAUACCGUUAAUUUUGUUAAAAGUAUUUGUAAAAUAGUAUCUGCUCUGAAACGUAUCUGCAUUGCUGUGAUGAUGUGGGGAGGCACGCCAAUGGAAAGGUACUGCUGGAGGCUGGUAAGGAUCUGUGCCACCUGUGGGGGGAAACAGGGCUACAGAGGACUUCUUCCUAGGGAAGGAGUCUUCCUCCAGACAUGGGGCAUGAGGAGCAUUAGGCUAGGGAGUGAGGACCACAGUGAGGAUGAAAGCAGCAAAGAUAGACCAGAAUCUUCACAUCCCAGCCCCCAGCAGUCUCCUAGUGGACCCCCGCCUGGAAGACUGGGUGCCAGACGGCGGCCCUUGUCUCCCCUUGAGAGAAUCAGUCGUCUGCUGCCCCAAGAUACGCUGAGCCAGGAAGUGUGGGAACUGCGAAAGAGUAAACAAGAAGUAGAGGGGCAGAGGAUGCUGGGAGAUAUGCAGGUGGACCCACAGACUCCAGGUGCUUCAGCAGAAGUCACAGGUAUUCAGGGGCUGGGGAGCAGUGUGGAUGUGCAGCUACAAGAGGACAGAUUAAGCCAGAGACAGGAGGGUGUAAAGGAGGAAGAGAGUUCUGCUGCUGGGCUGAUGGUAGAGGAGUCCAGCGUUAACAAAGAGGAGGAGAAGCAGGACCAGGCUGAAGGAGACCCCUCCCCUGCCCUGCCAGGAGAGCGCCCCUUCUGCCUUGGGGAGUUUGCCCUGGCUGAGUUGCGCAAGAAAGGCCAGGUGGCGUUCCAGAAAAUGUUUCUACUCCAGGAAAGGGGCUUCCUGAACAGUACCUGGGGCAAAAUACACCACAGUGCCAUUGUGGGGCAUUAUGCGGGGAACAUCCAUCGCACCUCAGUAGGAUUCCCCAUUCUAUUGAGAAGACCCAGUCUCGAAGAAUAUGUCCUGUUAAUGAAAAGGGGGCCCGCCAUCGCCUACCCCAAGGAUGUUAGUGCAAUGCUGAUGAUGAUGGAUGUCACAGAGGGGGACUGUGUGUUGGAGUCAGGCUCAGGGUCGGGGGCCAUGUCCCUCUUCCUCUCCCGAGCAGUGGGUGCACGGGGCAGUGUGCUGAGUGUGGAAGUGAGGGAGGAUCACUACCGGAGGGCAGUUACCAGCUACCAGCGCUGGCGUUCAUCCUGGAGUGUGCGGCGCGGGGAGGAGUGGCCCGACAACGUCCAGUUUCACAACACUGACCUCCGAGCCGCCGCCUCUCUCCUUGCGGGCCGGGGCUUCAACGCGGUCGCUCUAGACAUGGUGAAUCCCCAGCUGGUCCUGCCGACAGUGUAUCCGCACCUGCAUAAUGGAGCUGUAUGCGCCGUCUACCUGGCUAAUGUGACACAGGUGAUAGAUCUGCUCGAGGGCAUUCGACACACAGAGCUGCCUCUGUUCUGUGAGCGCGUCAUAGAGGUGCAGCACAGGGAUUGGCUACUGGCUCCAGCUGUCAUGAAAGAUGGGAAGUACGCCCUCCGAGUCGCACCCUCCAGAGGAAGCGAAAAGACAGACGAGGCAAACGCACAUGAUCAAGAGAAAGCGGAGUCGGGAUGCCAGGAAAACAUGCAGUUUGGGACCGUCCCCUACAUCGCUCGACCUCACCCUGAACAGAUGAGCCACACAGCCUUCCUGGUGAAACUGCGCAAGGUCUCACAGCUGUGACAAGUGCUCACACCUCUCACAGCUGUGCUUCUGCUGGGGGCAUCUGGGAAGGGAA